GAGUUCAAGGAGGCCUAUCUGGACAUGCUGCUCUCGGACGAGUUUGUGAAGCUGCUCAAGUACGAGGAACGUGCGCAUGAGGCCAUCCGAGGCUUCGUCAGGGGAGUCUGUGCCAACUAUCAGCAGAAUGCUCGCGCUCUGCAGGAGAUGGAAGCAUGCCCCAUGUUGUCUGCCGUGCCAGAAGGUGCCAAGCGCUUCAACGACAUUUGCCGAUGCUUAGCGCACCUCCUGAACACCCCGGUGGCAGGUGAGCCCACGAACCACACGGACGUCUACCGGCUCACCAAGUACGAAGGUUCCGAGCUAUGCGAGCGGACCAUCCGAGAUCAGUUGCUGAGAGCCAACUCAUCCUGGCGCUCCUUGGUUGACGAGAUUGUGAGGACCGCCGGCAAGGCAACCUUGUUGGCCGCGCCGCGACGAGAGCUGGAAGCAUUGCUGAGCCAGGAUACCUUGUCAGCGGAUGAUGUAGAGAAGGCCAUCAGUCUUUUCCAGACGUUGAAGGCCUCUCUCAGGGCAAUGGAGCUGGAGACCAUCAGCGCCGGCUUGCUCCGCCAGCUGGACGCCACAGCUGCUCUGUUGCUGGACGGCCAGCAUGCCUCGAAGGGGUCCGCCCUUGUGGACCACUUGCUUGUAGGCUUGAACAUGUUUACAGCCAAGCCAGGGGUGCUCUCGAAGAUCCAAGAACUUCAAGACCACAUGACCCGGAAUCGUUCGGCCGUGGCUAUGCGAGACUUGGUGGAGCUCAUCGAGAAGAACCUCGCAGCAUGGCAGCUGGACUGCGCUCGAUUGAAGCAGUUGGUCUUGAAAUGCAAGGACGAGCCCGUUCCCACAGAACUCGAGCAGAGCAUCGUCUUGGGUGGUGCGAUCGACGCCGCUGAGCUCAAGGUGGCGACUGCUGCGCUGGUCGGCAUGGGCAGCAUCUACAAGACCCUGGGCCGUGAGGAGAUCAUGGACAAGAUGCAGGAUUGGACCGCGUGCCUGCAAUCAGGAAUGCUUUUCGUUGCUGGGCUGAACAAGUUCGAGGGCCUCGCUGGUGAUCCAGCAGGGCGGUGGCGCAAGGACAAAAACAGCACGAUCUUGAACAACAUUCACCAGAGCUUCAAGAAGUUGCAGGUUUUCCAUGCAAAGCCAGAGGAUGAUGAGGGUGGCUUGGCUGACCCGGCUGCUGACAAUCUCUCCAGCUUCGACAUGGCCGAGGACUUCCUGCAGCUACCGAAGCUCGACGUGAUCCGGGAAGUCUUGCAGUGGCGAGCCGAGCAGAUGCUCAAGGACUUGAAUGACCAGUGCGAUGGCUUGGACAAGCUAUGCGGUGGCUUGACUGGGGCAUCCUGGAAACAGACACUUGCUUCCGACGCUCCGCUGCAGCAAGUGAAGGAGGCCGCAAAGACAAGCUUGGACACGAUCGAUGGCAAGUUGUUGCGCGCUGCUAGCACGAAGUUCGAGAAGGCGGUUGAGGUGGCAGAGGAGUUCUGCGACAAGUUCCCGGAGUUCCCGCAGCAGACGUCUUGCUUGAAUGGUGUGCCCGUUCUAGUUGCAGGCUGCCCGCGAGAAGCCAAGAUUCUCAUUACAGAGGCAUUCUUGCUUGCUGGCAUUGAGUCCUUCAACCAGUUGAGCUGCAAGGGAGACAAGGACAGCAAGGAGGCACAAAGCAUCCUGUCAGUCAUGCAAAGCCACCUUGCAUUCGUGGCUAACAAUAACAUGGGCAUCGGAGAUGCUGACCUGCAUCCCACUAUCUUGAAGGUUGCGCGCGACAUUGCAGUAGCAGCCUAG